CGCUGAGAAUCGGGGUUGAAUGUUAAAAAGGGAGUGUGUCUAGGGAGACCCGUGGCUCCGAAGAAACGAAGUGAGGCGACGUGGAUCCCUGCCCUACACCCAGAGGACGAGGGAGGAGGGUGGAGGGCGGAGGGCCGAGGGCCAAGGGCCGGGGCUGCCAGCAACUGCUAGACGCUUUUCGGUGACGCAACCGCCACGCGCAGACGCACUGACGGGCCGCGGCCUCCACGUCUCAGGUUCCGCAAAGGCCUGUGGGAGCGACCCGGGAGAAGGAGGGCCAAGAUGGCGGAAGCGGCGGAGUCUCCAGGAGACCCGGGGACAGCAACGCCCAGGCCCCUGUUUGCAGGCCUUUCAGAUAUAUCUAUCUCACAAGACAUCCCUGUGGAAGGAGAAAUCACCAUUCCUGUGAGAUCUCGCAUUCGGGAAUUUGACAGCUCCACAUUAAAUGAAUCUGUUCAGAAUACCAUUAUGCGUGAUCUAAAAGCUGUUGGGAAAAAAUUCAUGCAUGUUCUGUACCCAAGGAAAAGUAAUACUCUUUUGAGAGAUUGGGAUUUAUGGGGCCCUUUGAUCCUUUGUGUGACACUUGCAUUAAUGCUACAGAGAGGCUCUGUAGAUAGCGAAAAAGAUGGAGGGCCCCAGUUUGCAGAAGUGUUUGUCAUUGUCUGGUUUGGUGCAGUUACCAUCACCCUGAACUCAAAACUUCUUGGAGGAAACAUAUCUUUUUUUCAGAGCCUCUGUGUGCUGGGUUACUGUAUACUUCCCCUGACGGUGGCAAUGCUGGUUUGCCGGCUGGUACUUUUGGCUGAACCAGGACCAAUAAACUUCAUGGUCCGGCUUUUUGUGGUGAUCGUGAUGUUUGCCUGGUCUAUAGUAGCCUCUACAGCUUUUCUUGCUGAUAGCCAGCCUCCAAAUCGCAAAGCCCUUGCUGUUUAUCCUGUUUUCUUGUUUUAUUUUGUCAUCAGUUGGAUGAUUCUCACCUUCACUCCUCAGUAAACCAGGAAAUGGAAAUUAAAAACCAGAGAAUUCAGAGCUCAUCUCAAAAGAUGCAAUUCACCAUGAAGCUUUGCCUCUGGCCCUCUUUUGUCUCAUUUUGGAGGUAUUUGGUAACUGGGUAUGUAAGGAGAUUAAAAGGGAGCCAUAAAGCACCGUCACCAUUUAUGUAAGGAAGUGAUGUUUGAAAGGCUGUCCUUUCCCUCUUAAUGUUAUAUCUUUAAAAUACGUGUGCAUAGCACACACAGUAUAAUGCCUCCUUAAGGCAUGAUGGGGUCACUGUGGUCCAUUUGGGUGACAACCAAUGACUCGGAAAGCACAUGGGUACAUCCUGCAAGUUGAAUAGAGUUGGUAACUAUAUUUUCAGUUUUGAGGAUACCAGUUCAGGUGCAGCUCUUAAACAUAUUGCCUUAUGACUAUUAGAAUAUGCCUCUUUUUUCAUAAAUAAGAAGGGAUAAUCUAUUUUAUUUCUCUUAAAAAAGACAAUGACAGAGGUUGGGAAGAGGGUUCAUAGAUGUGGGAGGAGAAAACAUGCACUAACCAAAAUUCAGAUUUUCAUUAGGGAAAAUUCUGCACUUGUUGCUUUAAAAAAAAAAGACAUCUAAAACAUAGGGUUUUUUUUUAGUCUUUCUGUAUAGUCACCUUUCUGCCAUGCUUGAUAGCAGCUCAGUGACACUCUAAUUUUUAACAUUACUCCCCAGUUCUGCAUAUGUAAGCUAAGAUGUUAUCAGUCAACAUGUAAUUCUCCUUUGACUGAAGCUCUCAGUGGACCAAUGCUUGAACUUAUCCAAGUAGAAGACCUCAGAAAUUUAGAUGGUAUGUCCCUAAUACAUAUUAUUAUGUGGGCACCUUCUCUUAAAGGUAGAAUGAGGUAGUUUGGAUACAGCAUAGCUAUAAGGAGUUUCUUGAUAUUCUGUGCAGUCUGGCCUCUAACUAGAAAGUAAAGCUAAAUCAAAGGCUGCAUUUAACCAUGUGAACAUGGAGGGAUUUAGUGUUCUGAUGGCUGAUUCAUAGAACAACUAUGCUUAGAGCAUGACAGGAUGAGUUGAGUUUACAGUUGCCACUUUUUCAUAGUGGGCUUAGCAGUUUUUUCAUUAGGUAUUUUUUUGGGGUUAGGGAAUACCAAUUUAUUUUCUUGGUUUUAGACUUUAUUUGUAAAGCCAAUUAGCUCUCCUUCAGACAAGUACUUUUUUGCACAUGUGCACCUACUUGUAUUCUCAGCUAUUUAUGCACAUAAGUGUGAAGGUUUUUCAGGGAGCAGAGUGUCUGGGACAGGCUGAUUCUGAACUAAUCAGGGCUUCUUUAAGGUAAUAUGAGCUGCUGCCUUCUAUAAAUUGUGCAGUGAAAAACUCUUAAUAGACAAAGAUGAGGAGUCAGGCAGAAAACAUUCAUUGUAAAUAUAUAGUUACUUAUAAAGAUAGGAAUUUCUUAUUCCACAUUUUUUUCUUUAUCAUAGAAUUUAAAUAUUUAUUCAUUGCUAUUUAAAGAUGACCUACACAUAGAUAUGUAAUUUUAAAAAUGUACUUUCUCCAUCCCCAGAUUAACCAAGUGAACAAUACUAGGGCAAAUGAGUCCUUGGAGUGAUAUUCAGUUAUAGAGCAUUACAAAGUUGGUUCCCUCUGUCCCAGCCUUGUCCAGAUAUUUUGGUUAUGUAUUUGUAUUUGUUUCAAUUUCCCUUUUAAAUUUUAAAAUAGACCCUGUUAGGACAAAGCCAAUGUUUGUGUUGAAUUGAUAAAGAAAAUAUUUUGAAACUGGUUCUAAUUUUGAAAUUGGUCCUAAAUUAUCAUCCAUUUCCAUUGUCUGAAAUUUUCUAGCUUCCCACUAAAAACAUGUCUCUUUCAAAGUUGUUUUGUAAUCUAUCCCAAUGAUUAUAAUGUAAAAUUAAGGAAAUAAUCAUGCUUCUCAAAAAGGAAUUAAAUCUUUACUGAAUUUUACUCAGGCUAAAUAUUUGGUCAGAAAUUCCUAAGGCUACAACUUUGGUGGGGUUUGUGGGGGGGGGUGUAGGAUGGGAGAAGGGUGUUAUACAUAUUGGAUAUUAAGGCAACUUGGUCUGUGUUUUAAUCUAUUGCUUUUGGGUGAUUCAGGGAAUGGUUUUAUUUGAUUUAAAUGAAGGCGGGUAAAGUGGAAAUUUAAUUAUCUUUCUGAAAAUGAGUGGUCAGUUUGAGGGUAUAAAUAAAUAUUUUUUUAAUAUAUGCAAUAAAGUGCAUUGCUUUCUGUCACAGAAGACCUGUAUCGAAGUUGUAACCCUUAACACAACUUUCCCUGAUUCGCUGAAGAGGCACAUGGCUAAUUAUAGAAAGGAAGACUAGAAGGGAAGGGGACUCUAACAAAGGAAACCCUGUUCCAGGAAUUGGAAGGUUUCAUGCUUUAGAUGAAAUUCAAGCGUGUGAGCAUCAUUGCCUAAUGUGGUGCAUUACUGCCAUCGUGGCUUAUUACUUGCUGCUCUUACUUCUGAGACUGAGACUCCGUUGUCAUAUUCUUUAGCAAUAGGAAAGGUGAAGACUGGAUUUAAUUGCUGUUCAGAUUAUAAAAACUCAAUCGAUGUGAACAUCUUUGUGCAGUGUAGUCUUAAAAGUCAAUCGUUAAUCAACAAGUCUUUUGCCUCUUAAGUGGCUUAUUACAUGAAUUGAGUUGAAUCUUUUCAUUGUGGUGGGGAUUUUCUUUUGGGCAAGGUGAGGGGCAUUUUACUGUUUACUCUAUUUGUCUUUUUAUAAAGGGCCCCCCAAAAUGUGAUUAGAAGGCUAACAAGCCUGUAUUUGAAGGUUUAAUUAUGUACAUUAUAUAAUCUAAGUACUUACUGUAUUUGGGCUUCCUGUUUAUUGCUGGAGAUGAAAAUGAAAAUCUCCCAUCAUUUCAAAUUCUUGGGUAACAUCAAGUCAUUGGAAUUUAUCUAAUGCCUAUCAUGAUAUGAUCAGACAUCCGUUGCAUGCACUUGUUUUAUUCCAGAGUUAAGAUACUGAAAUUGUGAUUCUUAAUUAAACUGUUCAUUUCUGAGACAAUUUGGAUAGAAAUAAAUGUGUGAAUGUUAAUGCAAAUAUGUAAAUUAGAAAUACUUUUCUAGAUUCUGUGGGCUUUUAUUAAAAAUAAAAAAUUUCUAGGGAUUUACUUAUAUUAGGUCAUAGGAUGGCUAAAUAAUAAUAAUGUGACAAUAAUAUUACUACUAAUAAUAGCUUACAUUUAUUGGGCACUUACUGUGUGCCAGACACUGUUCUAUUUUUUUAAGAAUUUUUUUAUAACAGCUUUAUUGGGAUACACGUUACCAUAAAAUUCACCCUUUUAAAGUAAUGUACAGUUCAGUGAUUUUUCAGUAUAUUCACAUAAUUGUGCAACUAUCACCACUAUCUCAUUUUAGAACAUUCCUUUCCACAAAGAAACCCCAUAUUCAUUAGCAGUCACCCCCUUUUUAACCUUUUCCUCAGCCCCUGGCAACCAUCAAUCUGCUUUCUGUUUAUAUUGAUUUGGCCAGGCACUAUUCUUAAGUGCUCUCAUGCAUCUCCUCCAAUCUUCAACAUAAAGUGGUACGGUCCUCAUUUUACUGGUAGAAAAUUGAGGCACAGUAAGAUUAAUUGUCCAGGGUCACACAGCAAAUUGAGUUAAACUAGGAAAACACAUUAGUUGAGAUCAUAGUAGGACACAGUUUUGAAUUGCAUUGUUAUGCACAUGAAAUGAAUAUACCCCCUCCCCAGGGUAUGUUCCCUGUUAUUAGCCUUUACAACGUACAGCUCACUGGAGGUCAAUAACUUGUUCUUUUUUCCUGAGUACUAGAGCAGUGUAUUAGCACCAUCUGAGAAAAACACGAGAGCAGUUGCACAUUGGGAACAGUUAGGUUUGCUGUCCUCACUCCUCCUUGAGCCCCUUUUCUUUCCCCUCCCCUCACCACCAGACACAUACACCCUUCCCCUUUUUCUCAGUCUUAAGAAUCAAGCAGCUUCUGCCUCUUUCAUUUUAAUUCUCCCACAGGGAUGGUUAACACAUCAAAAUGUAACGUGUCUGUUCAGGUGUUUAUAGUCAAGGGAUGCCUCUGGUCACAUGUAGUACCAGCUAUAUUCCUAAGACCUCAGAGAGCAGUAGUGUGAGAAUAGAACACCUUUCUAUUUUAGUUAAACUAGGUGGGGGGAAGAAAUGACACAGUAAAUAAAGGCUUUGCCCUAAUGAAGUCAGUGUUCCAGCCUGGUAGGAGGUGGCCACACGCUGCUCUUGUUCACUCUGUUCUCUUUUAGAGCCUUUGUGCUCUGCACCAUCACUGCUGGUAAUUUCUCGGUCCUCUUCGAUACUCUGUUUUAAUCCUGAUCUUUCCUAUAAAUAAAGAGCCUGUGAAGAGAAUAAAUCUGUAAAAUGAUUUGUGAAUAUUAAAUGUGCAAAUAAAAAUCACUGGAAAAGGAGAA